AACAAGAGCCUCAGCCGGGUGUCUCCCACAGUAUGCGGGUGCUCCUCCCACUUACUGGUUCCUCUGCAUUCAGCUCCUUCGAAGCAAACUUGAACGUCUCAUUUUUCUUCUGGAACACGUCAAUGGCAUCCUGGGUCACCUGGAGAACGAAAAGUGCAUCUUUUUCCGUACAAGACAUACCUGGCCUGCAGCUCCAAGGUUUUCUCCUUGCCCGACACCUGGAAGGUGUACGGAUGGUCCUCAUUGGCGGUCUCCUGCACCUGCAUGCCGUCCACUCCUAUUCUGCUGCGCACCGUAAAGCGCUGGCCCACCAGGCUGAAUUUUGGCGUGCAGCACAGCAGGAAGUUGUUGAACUAUGCAGAAAGAAAAACAAACGCCUGAGAUCGAAUACCUGAACUGCAUCAUAAGCCACCAAAGAUGUCAGCCAGGCCGGGAUUCUACCGACAGGAGCUGAAUAAAACUGUGUGGGAGGUGCCGGAGCGGUACCAGAACCUGACGCCGGUUGGCUCCGGAGCCUACGGUUCGGUGUGUUCGGCGUACGAUGUGGUCCUGCGGCAGAAGGUGGCCGUGAAGAAGCUGUCGAGGCCCUUCCAGUCGCUCAUCCACAGUCGCCGUUCCUACCGGGAACUCCGGCUACUCAAGCACAUGAAACACGAGAAUGUAAUCGGGCUCCUGGAUGUCUUUACACCUGCUGCGGCAUUGGAAGACUUCAAUGAACUCUACUUGGUGACCAACUUGAUGGGUGCGGACCUCAAUAACAUUGUCAAAUUCCAGAGGUUGUCCGAUGAGCACGUGCAGUUCUUGAUUUAUCAGCUCCUCCGUGGCCUCAAGUACAUCCAUUCAGCGGGAUUGAUUCACAGAGACCUCAAGCCAAGUAAUGUGGCAGUGAAUGAGGACUGUGAGCUGAGGAUCCUCGACUUUGGCUUGGCCAGGCAAACAGAUGACGAGAUGACCGGGUACGUGGCGACUCGCUGGUAUCGGGCGCCAGAAAUCAUGCUAAACUGGAUGCACUACAAUCAAAAUGUUGAUAUUUGGUCAGUGGGAUGCAUUAUGGGAGAGCUGCUGAAAGGAAAAGUCCUUUUUCCUGGCACUGACUAUAUCGACCAGCUGAAGAGAAUCAUGGAGAUGGUCGGGACGCCGACCCCGGACCUGUUGGAGAAGAUCUGCUCGGAGCAUGCACAGAAGUACAUCCAGUCUCUGCCUUUUAUGCCCCAGCAAGACCUGGAGAAGAUCUUCCGAGGAGCAAAUCCACUCGCCGUCGACCUGCUGAAGCGCAUGCUGGUCCUGGACUGCGAUGGGAGGAUCUCGGCCAACGAGGCUCUGGCCCACCCUUACUUCUCGCAGUAUCACGACCCGGACGACGAACCCGAGGCGCCGCCUUACGACCAAACCCUGGAGAGUAAAGAUCGCACUCUGGAAGAAUGGAAAGAGUUGGUGUUUACGGAGGUGAACGGCUUCAAAGCGUCCGUCGGCAAGACUGACAGCCUUCAGGACAGACUGUGCUUCUUUCUCCUGGAGUUAUCAACAGACUCUCUGAAAUUUUCCAUCUCCAUGAGCAUCCCCGAGGCGGCGGAACCGAAGCGGAUUAACAUCCUCGCCUCCAACUUCUCAGGGAUGGCCCUGCGAGGGUCCAGGACGGGAUUUUACCGGCAGGACAUCAACAGAACCGUGUGGGAAGUCCCGGAAAGGUACCGAGACUUGAGGCAGGUUGGAACAGGAGCCUAUGGAACUGUAUGUUCAGCGUGGGACCGGCGGACCAGCUCGCAGGUGGCCAUCAAAAAGCUCCACCGGCCCUUCCAGUCCAAACUUUUCGCUAAGCGGGCCUACAGAGAGCUACGACUCCUCAAACACAUGAAGCAUGAAAAUGUGAUCGGUCUACUUGAUGUUUUCACAGCCGAAAUUACCCUGGAUCGCCUUCGAGACUUCUACCUGGUCAUGCCCUUCAUGGGCACCGACCUGGGCAAAGUGAUGAAGUUGGAGAGACUAUCAGAGGACAGAGUUCAGUUCCUCGUCUACCAGAUGAUGAAGGGACUCAAGUACAUCCACUCUGCAGGGAUCGUCCACAGGGACCUAAAACCAGGAAAUCUCGCCAUCAACCCAGACUGUGAAUUAAAGGUACAGUGCAUGGUUUUCACACAAAGCCCUCUUGAAGUGGAAUUUUUCUCACAUAGUGAAGAAAGUAAAGCACUUCGACCGCUUCAGAUCCUCGACUUUGGCUUGGCGAGGCAGGCCGACGCAGAGAUGACGGGUUACGUGGUGACCCGCUGGUACAGAGCCCCCGAGGUCAUUCUCAACUGGAUGCACUACACGCAAACAGUGGAUAUCUGGUCUGCUGGUUGUAUUAUGGCAGAGAUGCUGCUGGGGAAGCCGCUGUUCAAGGGCAACGAUCAUCUGGACCAGCUCCGAGAAAUCAUGAAGAUCACCGGAACACCGGCUGCCGACUUUGUGGUGAAGCUACAAAGCCAAGAUGCCAAAAACUACCUUAGGGGUUUGUCAAAAGUACCCAAAAAGGACUUGCACUCCAUUUUCUCCAAAGCGAGCUCACACGCUGUGUGCGUGUUGGAAAAGAUGCUGCUCCUGGAUCCCGAGGAGCGGGUCAGUGCCUCGGAGGCCCUGGACUUUCCCUUCUUCGCCGACUUCCGCGACACGGAGGAGGAGACCGAGGCGCAGCCGUAUGACCAAACCAUAGACAACACGGACCUGACGCUCGACCAGUGGAAACGACACACAAUCACAGAGAUACUGACCUUCAGGCCUCUAAAAGACUCCACGGAAACAUCACUUUAACAUACGCAUCAAGGGAUGAAGCCGGAGUACGGGGGAAGAACAUACAAACUCCAAACACGAAGUCCAGAGCCGACACAGGAACGUUUGUAUGCUGUUUAUUUUUCUUCAAUGAGAUUUUGUCAUUUUGAAUCCAAUCUGUAAUGA